CGCGAGAGGGAGGAUAUUGAGCCCAUGCCACAAUCAGUGCCAAAGUCCACCCUCACAACAACAGUUGGGCAAGGAACUGAUGUCGCCUGCCGCUGUCGCCAAGAUCAGUCCAAGGCCGUCGUUCAAGUGUCAUUGUCCCCACACCUUGAUGAGCCAACUGAAGCAACUUGGAUGGAUUGAGGCGUCUUCCAGGGUGAAUAUGCCUGGCGGUGGCUGUUUGGAGGAUGAGGUAUACUACACCCUCUCAUUCAAUAGCCUGGGCAGCACCAAACGCCGAGGCACGUAUAUGAUCACCAUUCGCCAGGACCUCAAGACCAUAUCCAUCAAUGAUGCCAACCUCAAAUGGUUCACAACGGACUUAAGAUCGUCGCAUGCCAACACACUUGACGUGCGAUUCUCGAUUGAGUCCAAGAAGACACAUCAGAAGGACAGCGAAGUGUACCUGGAGUACAUCUCUUCGCCAGACAUCAUCCAACCUCGCCAGCACUAUGAUCCAAACACUCAGACGCCAUUCACACUCAAUCGCAAGAUCAAGGAUCUUACAUACUUGAUCCGAUCACACAGGAAGCACGUCAUACUUCAAGCUCCACAUGAUCAUCCUAUGAAGUAUUUCAAUCCUCUGGCCAAGUUCAGGGAGACCACCGAGUACACCAACGAGGGCACCCUCUACAACUCCAAGCUCGAGUUGGAGAUAUCAAUGGACAUGCCACGCGAGGAAGAACUAGUCACGUUCAUCAAUCAAUACUGGGAUCUUGGGGUAUCAUUCAUCAACAAGUUACCAACAUCCGAUUGA